UGGAGGGGUUAUUUCCGCUUCCGUUCCCGGGACUUGGACCAAAGGUGCCGCCGCCUCCCUUGCUACGAUGACUGCCACCUUGCGCCCCUAUCUCAAUGCAGUUCGUGCUACCUUGCAGGCUGCCCUGUGCCUGGAGAACUUCUCAUCCCAGGUGGUGGAGCGGCACAACAAGCCCGAGGUGGAAGUCAGAAGCAGCAAGGAGCUGUUGUUGCAGCCUGUGAUCAUCAGCCGAAAUGAGAAAGAGAAAGUCCUGAUUGAAGGGUCUAUCAACUCUGUGCGAGUCAGCAUUGCAGUGAAGCAGGCAGAUGAGAUUGAGAAGAUCCUGUGUCACAAGUUCAUGCGCUUCAUGAUGAUGAGAGCGGAGAACUUCUUCAUUUUACGUCGGAAACCUGUUGAGGGCUAUGACAUCAGCUUCCUGAUCACAAACUUCCAUACAGAACAGAUGUACAAGCACAAGCUGGUGGACUUUGUCAUUCACUUCAUGGAGGAAAUCGACAAGGAAAUCAGCGAGAUGAAGUUGUCUGUCAAUGCCAGGGCUCGCAUUGUGGCUGAGGAGUUCCUCAAGAAUUUCUAGACCGAGGGGCUGGAAUCCAGAGCUUUGCUUUCUCAUUCUCUCUGCACAGCCACCUUGCUGGGGCUACAGAGAGGGCCGCAGCUCGGGAGUGAGAUGAGAAGCAGCCAGACCUGCGGGGGCUGUCCCAGCUAAAUGUCCACCGUACUCGCCAGCGUGCCCAGGGGAGGGAGGGUGCUUUUUAAUGUUUUUUGGAACAAAAACUGUGCUUGUUUAAACAAACCUGUGUUUAACUUGAUAUCUUUUUUUUAAAAAAACAAUCACUUGCUGUAAUUUGUUGACUCGAGUCUCCCAAGUGGCCAAGUUCUUGUAAGGGAAAGCAGGAGAG